UGGGAGGAGGGGACCCCUCCCUUUGCCUCUGUUUGCUUUCCCUGCACCUAGCCUUCAUGGAGCUCACCCUUCCUUCUUCCCACAGCCCUCCCACCUCUCCCUGGGACCCAAUGAACCAUACAGCAGCAGGUGCAGGCGCUGGAGGCUGUGGCCCAUGGGAUGAUCCUGCCCGCUUCAUCGUGGUGCCGGCCGCCUACGCGGUGGCCCUGUGUCUCGGCCUGCCUGCCAACCUGGCUGCCCUGGCCAUCUUCGGGAGAGGUGGGGGGCGGCUGGGGCGAGCUCUGCGCCUCUACCUGCUCAACCUGGCCGUGGCCGACAUCCUCUUCACGCUCACGCUGCCCUUCUGGCUCACCUACUACCUGGGCCGGGCCCACUGGCCCUUCCCCGCCUCCCUCUGCCACGGCACCGGAGCCACGUACUACGCCGCCACUUACGCCGCCAUCUCCUUCAUGGUCCUCAUCAGCGUCAGCCGCUACUGCACCGUGCAGGGGCCCAAGCCCGGGUUCGGCACCCGCCUGCCCCUCAACCAGCUCCGCGUGGCCCAGGCCGCCUGCGCCGCCACCUGGGUGCUCUGUGUGGCCUGCGCCGCGCCCUCCCUGGUCUCCGCACGGGCCCUGAGCCCCGGCCCGGGAGGCACUACCCGCUGCUUCGAGCAUGGCUGGGCCAGGCAGGACAUGGCCUACGUCACCGUGGGCUUCUUCCUCGCCGCCUUCCUCCUGGUCCUUGGCGCCUACAUCUCCCUGGCCCGGGUGCUGGUGGGGCCUUCUCCCUCCGGGGGGGCGUCCCUGGGCCCUUCGGCCCCCGGCUCCCACAGACGCAUGGCGCGGACCAUGGUCCUGGGGCUGCUGCUGGUGUUUGCCGCCUGCCUGGCGCCCUACCACCUCAUCCUGGCCCCGUGGGUGGCCGGGCAGGAGGGGAAUGACGGGGGCCGCGGAGACGGGGAGUGCCCCCUGCCUUCCACCCUGGACGUCCUGCACACCCUCAGUCUGGCCCUGCUCAGUCUCAACAGUUGCCUGGACCCCCUCGUCUACUGCUUUUCCUUGCGCCGUUUCCGCCAGGACUGCCGGGGGCUGAGCUGCUGCCCGGGGUCCAGAGGCACCAACGUCCCGGCAGCCUCUUGUUCCUCCUCCUAGGGAUGCCCAGGCCCACCUGGGCAGCUCUUCUCUCCCGGGGCUGAGGCUCUGACAGCAUUUCCUCCUCAUCCCUGGCUGGGAUACCAGUGCAAGACGAGUUCAGGAGGACAGCGCCUGUGAUUUGGGGUUCUGAGAAGUAAACAUUUAAGCCCAAAGUGUUGAUGUCUUUAUUUCACUGGUCGGGGUAGAUGAGACUUUGGAGUAUUGUAAGAUUUUGGGAGUAGCUGGGGAGGAAAUAAGCACUUAUAAGGGGCCUAUGUACUAUUUACUGUGUUAAAUGUCUUUUUUUUUCUUUUUAUAAAUAUCUCAUUUGAUCUUUCUAACAUCUCUGAGAGUUAAGUGCUAUUAUUAUCUCCAUUUUAUAGGUGAGGAAAUUGAAGGAAAGAGAAGUGGUGACUUUCCUG